AUGGGUAGUGGCAAAAAACUUAUAAGCAACCGAGGCUUAAUCAUAAGACAUUUAGGACAUUACCGAAAAUUAUAUAUUGAUGCACUCCAAAGCAUCGUCAAUGUAUUUAACCAAACUUUAUUACAUAUAGGUGGAAAAACGGUUAUCAUGGUGAUGCUCAUUCGUUAUGAUAAAG